GUAGUAAAGGCAACUCAGGCGCCUACCUGAGCAGCCUACCUGUGUAGACACCUGCACCGAAAGCAGCUCCGAUAUUUUUGGAUUUAUUUCUUGCAAAGCAGCUUCAGUAAACAGAGCAACCUGUCGCUACUGACACUUGAAUAGGACAGUGCAACAGAAGAUGUCCGACUUACGCAUAAUACUCAUUGGGAAGACCGGAAGUGGAAAAAGCACAACAGGUAAUGGGAUUCUUGGCGAAGAACUCUUUGUGCCCUACCGAGGGUUGAGUUCAGGAACGGUGAAAUGUGCUUGGAAGAAAAAACGACGAUGGGGCAGACUUAUACAGUUAACAGACACCCCGGGUGUUUGCGACACUCAUCUGAGUCCAGGUGAAGUGGAGGCAGAAAUUGCCAAGUGUGUGGCUACAAUGGUCCCUGGUCCUGACGCCAUCUUGUUUGUGCUGAGGGGCAAUGCCAGGUUCACAGAGGAAGAGUUCGAAGCCUUCCUUCGCCUGAAAACAGUCUUCAGCGAGAAAAUGAACGACUACUUGAUGGUUGUCUUAACAGGCAUCACAGACGCAGAGUUUGCGGAACAUCAAACGAACCCUAAGAAACCGUUACCUAAAAACUUCCAGAAAAUUCUGCAGGAGGCUGGUGGAAGGUGCGUGUGUCUCGGCGGACAGCUGGAGGACAAGGCCGCUAGAGACAGGGAGGCUGAGAUGUUGCUGACGUGUGUAGACAGCCUUAAGUCGCUGAAUGGAGCUCAGCCUUACUCCAACAGCAUCGUCCAGAGAUUCGACGAGGAAAUGAAAGCGAGGGCAGACGAGGAAGGGGUCAGUGUGGAUGAAGUAAAGGAAGAAGUCGUUAAAGAAGAUGAUCCAGGCUUCCUAGGCCGUCUGUUCCAGUACCUGCCCAGUGCCUUGACCAGUAACCAGUUCUGUGUUGUGAUGUAAGCUGCCUGACAGUAUUCUGAUUCCAUGAAACUGAUCACUCUAAUAAACAACCGUAUUGUCUUUGUUCUAAGUAUGUUAGACUUGAUGUUGUGACCCACUGUAAACCUAGAGAUAUAAACUUCUUUCUACACGUAUUGACUGCUACCUCGUUAUCACAAAUAAAAUACGCUAAACCAGGAGAAACAGUGUUUUUUAGCAAAGAAUUUACGAAGAUAAUACCAUCUGCCUGAGUGCGUGCAUGUGUAUGUUGGAACAAGCGUGCGUCGGUGUAUAAGGGCGUGAAUUCGUGUGUCUGCAGGACGUGCACCUUGCUUAAUGUUUUUAUGUUGUAUUUCCUGUACGUCUGUUUGCUUGUCUGCUUUCCUGUUUUGGGGAAACUAUGAAACCUAGUCUGCAGAGUCGCUGGUUCGAGAUCUGCUCUGGUCCAUUACUGCAAAAAUUGCUCCUACAGCAACUGUUAAACUUGAUUUUUAUUAGGGAAGGCACCUGUUCAUCUACAACUUCCAAGACAAAUAAACACAAAAA